CCAUGCAUUGAUUCAUGUCUCCCUGAUAAAACCCUUCCACUCUCCCAAAAACGAAAACCUGUAUUCCUUUGUUGCAGUAGGUGAUUUGGUGGACUUGUAAGCUUCAAAUGAUGAUGAAGAAGAAGAAGAAUAUGUUGUUGUGUGGACCGCCAUCAUCUCUGCAAUCACCAGCUUCGCAUGGUGUCUACAGAGAAUGUGAACACUGAGCAACUCUUCCAUGGGAGUUCACAGCACAUGUUAAAGGGAAGAGAAAGAAACGCGCAAACACUUACAUUCCCUCCCCCUUCCUUUUUCUCUUCUCAUGUGUCCACUGACACAUGUCUCUUCUCCCUCCUCUUUCUCUCUCUCCCUGCGUGCUCAGCCAUUGCCCAAUGAUUUAGGUAACUUGAGCCACAGGUAAGAGCAGUUUGGCUCAACCCUAUAAAGCAGCAGCACUUUUUAUGAAGGGUUCAGAAUUCAGACCAUGAGAAGUCCUUUGUGUGAGCUGUGUUCUUAUUUUAUAGCUUCCUACAGUUGUUUCUUCCUGGCUGUACUCUUUCUAUAUGCCAGGAUUUGUUGAACAACUCCCUCCUCCUUUUCUUCUCCUCCUCCUCCUCCUCCUUCCCACUGAGAUAUGAGCUGCUUGCACCACUAUGAGUCCAAAGUGUAAUGGAACUGCUGCUUUACUGCUGUCUUCGCUUCUUCUGCUCCUUGAGCUGGUGUUGGGUCUCAACCAUGAUGGCGUGCUGCUGCUCCACUUCAAGCACUCCAUCGUCUCUGACCCCAUCGCUGCGCUUAGAGACUGGAACUACGACGACGCCACGCCGUGCUCGUGGAACGGCGUCAUGUGCAUGGGCUUCCCGGACGCCACCACCACCCUCAACUGGACUGCUACCAGCUUUAAUGGGGAUGGCCAGGCCUCGACCGCUUCGAGGGUGAUCGGUUUGGUGCUUCCUAAUUCUCAGCUAUUGGGCCGCAUUCCGCCGGAGCUCGGCCUCGUCGAGCACCUCCGCCACCUCGACCUCACCGGGAACGCCCUCAACGGCACCCUCCCGUCCUCCAUCUUCGACGCGUCGGAGCUGCAUGUGCUGUCGUUGGCCAACAACGAGAUCUCCGGCGAGCUCCCUCAGCUCGACGGCCGCACGAGCAGCCUCCAGCUGCUAAAUCUCUCCGACAACGCAUUGGUGGGCACGGUGCCAGCCGGUCUUAGCCUUCUCCCGAACCUCACCGUCGUCGCCCUUGCCAAUAAUUACCUCUCCGGCGAACUCCCUGGAGGCGGGCUCGGCGGGAUUGAGUACUUGGAUCUGAGCUCCAACCUCAUCAAUGGCUACCUGCCGCCGGAUUUCGGGGGGCAAAGCCUCCGGUACCUGAACUUAUCUUACAACCGGAUCGACGGCGUGAUUCCGCCGGAAUUGGCAUCGAAAAUUCCGGACAACGCCAUCGUGGAUCUCGCAUUCAACAACCUCACCGGAGGAAUCCCACAGACUGGAGCUUUCGCCUCGCAGGAGCCGGCGGCGUUCGCAGGGAAUCCUGAUCUUUGCGGGAAGCCGCUCAAGAAUCUCUGUACGAUUCCUUCCACCCUCUCCAAUCCUCCCGAAACCCCUUCGGCGCCCAAGUCUCCUCCGGCCUUCGCGGCGAUUCCCAAAAACGCGGCGGAGGGAACUUCCCCGUCCGGCAGCGGGCAAGCUCAGGGGGGACUUCGACCGGCGGUGAUCAUCGCUAUAGCGGUCGGAGAUGUCGUCGGCAUCGGGGUUCUCUUCGCAGUGUUGUAUUACGUGUACCAUGUGAAGAAGAGGAAGAGACUACAGCAACAGCAGCAGCAGAUGAAGGGAGUCGGAGCCGUUGGCAUGAGGGAGGAGCAGCCACCGGCAUCCUCCGAAUCCAAAGGCUUUGGUGGGCUCUCAUGCUGUCUAACGAAGAAGGGCGAGGAAGAAGAAGACAGCGAAGAGACCUCUGACUCCUCGGCCUCCGAAACAGAAGCAGAAUGGGAGGGACCGCAUGAGAAGGGAGCCAAGGGGGAGGCUGGCGGAAGAACCCCACCGCAGCUGAAGCAACAGGAGGCUACUCUGGUCGCUGUCGACGGCGAGACGGAUCUGGAGAUGGAUACUCUGCUCACAGCCUCGGCUUACAUACUCGGCGCCACUGGGUCGGGCAUCGUCUACAAGGCAGUGCUUGCCGACGGCACCGCCUUGGCCGUCCGCCGAAUAGGCGAGAGCAGUGCCAUCGACAAGCUGAAGUACUUCGACGCGCUGGUGCGGAGCAUCGCCAAGUUCCGCCACCCGAACGUCCUCCGCCUGCGGGGAUACUACUGGGGCGCUGACGAGAAGCUCCUCAUCCAUGACCACGCCUCUAAUGGCAGCUUGGCCAACGUCUCAUUCACCAAGAAGCCGGGCUCGUCGCCGUUUCACCUGAGCUGGGAAUCGCGGCUUCGGAUCGUGCGAGGAGUAGCGCGGGGACUCGCGUACCUCCACGAGAGGAAGGGUGUGCAUGGCAACGUGAAGCCAAGCAACAUACUGUUGGACGCAGACAUGGAGCCAAAGAUCGGCGACUUCGGUCUCGAUCGGCUUACGUCGGGCGACGGAGGCCACCGGCUGGGCACGUCGGCCCGGCAGUUCGGCAGCCAGCGGUCGGUGCAGUCGCAGAGCAGCUUGCCCGACCUGUCGCCGCCGGUGGCGGGAGCCAGCCCCUGCGGGUCUUCCUCCGCAGCUCCCUACCAGGCGCCGGAGUCCCUGCAGAACCUGAAGCCCAACGCCAAGUGGGACGUGUACUCCUUCGGGGUGGUGCUGCUGGAGUUGCUCGCCGGGAGGGUGCUGUCGGAGGCGGAGCUCGGUCAGUGGAACGGGGGGUUUGCGGGGGAGGAGAGGAGCAGGGUGGUGAGGGUGGCCGACCCGGGGCUGAGGGGCGAGGUGGAGGGCAAGGAGGAGGCGCUACUGAGCUGCUUCAAGCUGGGGUUCGCCUGCUGUGCCAUCAAUCCCCAAAGGAGGCCCUCCAUGAAGGAAGCUGUUCAGGUGCUGGAGAAGAUAGUCUCCACUACUUCUUCUUCCUCCUCCUCCUCCUCCUCGUGAGCUGCUGUAGACGUACAGUAACUCUAACCUAGUGAGUCUGUGUUGCCAUUUAACCUUUUUUCCAUUGUAACGCCCACUGAUUUGUUUGUGUUGAUGUGUCCAAAGCUCGAGGAAGAAUCUCUCUGCUGCUGUUGUGGGGUAAUGCAGUGAUCAGUAUUUACUAGUUUUGAGGAAAAAUCUCUGUUCUUUCUCUGUUUUCUUUGAAGACAACAAAUUAACUAUGGUGGUUAAUUUGAUUCA